CCGUGCAGUCGAGACUAUUUACUGUGGAUCAGGAAGGAAAUAAGCUGGCCAGCGAGAGCCAGCCAAAGUCAACCGAGCCCAAAGUGUGGAAUGUACCCGGAACUUCAGUUCCUUUUCGGUCAAGUGGAGAGAGAGGCGCGUCGCCAGUGCGCUGUGUGAAGUAGCCUACCUGCCUGUCUGAGUGGCCUUAUCUACGUAUGCAUGAGUUGGCGAUAUGAGAGCUGGCACGAGCUAACCUGGUGUGACGUGGUGUGUGAGUCCCCGGCCCGCAGACCAGAAUAAUGUCGGAGUUGCAGCUGGAGGACGAUGAACUUCGAGAAAUCGACAUAUGCGGCAGGGAAGAGGACGAACAAGACGUCUGUUCUGAGGGCGAAAGUGGCGUGUUUGUGAACUCAGGUGUAUCUAAUAACAACACGGACGGCUUCUCGGCGUUUCAUCAGUGGACACCUGCUACCACAACAGGCCAAAGUGAUGGCAGCUUUACCCCCGGCAGCAGGAGAACUUCUGACUGUACCAGCUGGAGCGCAGAAACUUUCCAGGAGUCGGUCCAUCAUCACCAUCGUCACGCCUCCCUGGUGGUUCCGAAUGGUGAAGAAAACAACAAUGCAGAGGAGGAGGGGGACGAUAACUUUUUUGACCGCAGUGAGGAUAUAGAACUAGACGACCCCAGACCUCGAGCCCUGUCCAGAGCCUCCAUAGUGGAUUGUCUUUUGGUAGAACUGUACGAUACCUACACCUGCGAGAAGAGGUUGAGUUUUGAUAGUUUCGAUAGCUCCACGGAGGCGUCUGGCUCGGAUGCGUUUUUGGGGCGAAGCAACUCCGGCUCGAGUUUCCUGCAAGAACUCCUUGAGAAGCACACGCGGAGACAUCAAGUCACAUACCUCUCGCAGAAAGAUCCAAAGGAGUUAGAGUCCAUCGUAACGGAGUUGAACUAUCGCAUCAGUGUCCAGAAUGCCAAGCUGGUCCGACUACUGAAGAGGAAGGACAGACAGCACAGCAAGACCCUGAAACACUACGAUGUCAUCACCGCAUGCUUACAGGCCCUAUCACAGAAGAGACGAGUGGACACGAGGCUGAAGUUCACCAUCGAGCCCUCGCUGGGGAAGAAUGGCUUCCAGCAGUGGUUUGAUGCGUUGAAGGCUGUGGCCAGACUGCCAACCGGACUACCAAAGGAAUGGAGGAAGAGGGUGUGGGUCACCCUAGCGGAUCAGUACCUCCACAGCAUCUCCAUAGACUGGGAGAAGACACUUCGAUUCGCCUUCAACGACCGCAGUAACCCGGACGACGACACGCUCGGCAUCCAGAUCGUCAAGGAUCUGCAUCGUACGGGCUACAGUGCGUAUUGUGGUGAGGAUGGGGAGCAGGAUCGGGUGGUGCUGAAGAGAGUUCUGCUGGCGUUCGCCCGCUGGAAUAAGGCCGUGGGCUACUGCCAAGGGUUCAACGUGCUGGCGGCACUUAUACUACACGUCACCGACGGCAACGAGGGGGAUGCUCUGAAGGUGAUGAUCUACCUGAUUGAUAAGGUAUUGCCUGAGAGCUACUUCGCUAAUAACCUUCGAGCCCUCUCGGUGGACAUGGCCGUGUUCCGAGACCUGCUGCGCAUCAAGCUUCCAGAACUCUCUCUGCACCUGCACCACCUGCAGAAGGAAGCCAAUCGGGAAGGGGGAGGUAGUUACGAGCCUCCCCUGACCAAUGUGUUCACCAUGCAAUGGUUUCUGACCAUGUUUGCCACCUGUCUGCCCCGCGGCACCGUUCUGAAGAUCUGGGACUCGGUCUUCUUCGAGGGAUCAGAAGUGCUGCUGAGAGUGGCACUGGCCAUAUGGGCUAAACUGGGAGAGAGGGUGGAGUAUUGCCAGUCUGCUGAUGACUUCUACAGCACUAUGGGCUGCCUCACACAGGAGAUGCUGCAACACAACCUCAUAGACUCACACACACUCAUGCAGACGGUGUACUCCAUGGCUGUAUUUCCAUUUCCCCAGUUGGCUGAGUUAAGGGAGAAAUACACCUACAACAUCACACCAUUCCCAGCUCCAGUGAAAGCCAGCUCACGGGGUCAGGGUGGUGGGGAGAGUGAUGAGGAUGUGGAUAUGGAUGAUGAGGACUCCCUGGUGACGGCUCUGGGGUGUCUCGGUCCCCUGGGAGGAUUCCUCAACCCCGAACUACAGAAGCACCACAAGCAACUCAAAGAUCAGCAUGGCCUCUCUCCAUCUCCCAGUAGCAACAUGGCUGCCUUGUCGCCAGGUGCGGUGGGGGCGGAGCUGUCUCCGGUUGCCGGGGGCGUGGUCUCUGGGAGGGCGGAGCAUCAGGCGUCGAUUAACAGCAUGAUGCUGGAGAGGAUGAGCACCGACAUCAGUGCCCUGAGGAAGCAGUACUCAAGAAUCAAGAGACGACAGCAGCAACAAGCUAGCCUACUGUACUCACGCAUCAAGAGGAGGCAGCAGCAACAAGCCAGCCUACUGUACAUACGCACAGGUCCUGGUGCUGAUGCCAUCUCUGGGGCGUCUUGCGAAGGCUCCACUCCCCAAACUGAUAAGUGUCCGGCCACCAGUGUGCUGGCCUCCCAGAUGCACCCCUCCCCCGUCGUCAACCACCUGCUGCUGGGCCGCAAGCCUCGGGGCAUCAGCCGACAGAAAGUUUGCUUCGAAAUCGCUGUCGCUGUAGUUGUAGAAGUGAGCACCGUCAAAAUCACCGUUUCAAAGUCUCCAUGGAGAGCUCACGUCCGCACCCAUCGUCGGAACAUGGCCAGGGCACGCGCUCAGCUGGACUUCCGGAACGCUGAGGAUGAGGAGGAAGAGGAGGAAGGAGAGGAGGAUAAUGAUGAAGGAGAGGAGGAGACGACACCAGAUGCAUCAGUGACCACAGAAGAGAGAGCACCAGACUCCCCAGCCACCUCCUCAACUCCCACUGAACAGCAGAGGGAAGAGGAGAAAGAGGAGAGAGAGGAGAGAGAGAUCGGAGACCUGGAAGAAGAGGAGGCGCUGGGGGAGGGCUCUAAAGAGGAGGCGUCCAAUGAGCUCGCUGAAGGGGAGGGCUCUGCAGAGGAAUUGACCAAUAAAAAGAGCCCAGCAGAGAGGCUUGAAGGGGAGGAAGAGGAGGAGGAGGAAGAGGAGGAGGAAGAGGAGGUGCCUGGGCCCAAUGAGGAGGUGAAGAGAUCAGAGGAGGUGGAGGGUCGCUUGGCCUCCUUAACUCUGGACUCGGAACAGCCACCCUCAACCCCUGCCAGAAGCUCAGACCCAACACCUCAGCCACAGCCAGAACCAGAGCCAGAAGUGACUGGUCCAGAGCUGUCCGACAGUCCACCCCAGACUCCUACUCCAUCCCCAUCCCCAUCACCAUCGCUAUCACUGUCAUCCACCCCGUCGUGGAGGACCCCAACCCCGUCGUCAAGGACACCGUCCCCAUCUCCACAGAAAUGGGCCCCUCUUCCUCCUCCUCCUCAGCAUCCCUCCUCCUCCUCCACCUCUCCCACCUCCUCAUCAGUCCGUCCUCCCCCUCUCCCCUCCUCUUCCUCCUCCUCCUCAUCAUCCGCAGUCCGUCCUCCUCCUCCUCCUCUCCACUCCCCCACCAGCUCAGAGUCUUCCUCCUACUCCUGCUCCUCCUCUUCCUCCUCUCGUCGAAUGCCUACCUCCACCUCCACCCCCGCUGGACUUUGCAAGUAUCAGCAGCAAGGUCACCCAUCCCAAGGACAUUCGUCCCAAGGUCAUUCAGCCCAAGGUCAAUCGCCUCAGCAAGGUCACUCCUCCUCCUCCUCUCUCCACUCCCCACUGCAGCCCUUCUCCCCGUUCCCGUGUGUCAAAGCUCCUCGUAAGUCUGCCGCGGCGCGUAACCUGGGGCUGUACGGCCCGACCGCGCGCACGCCCACCGUGCUGUUCCCUCACCUGUCCAGAGGGGGCAGCAGUGGCCACGGCAGCAGCCGCCUCAGCCACAGUGCAAGCAGUACCGGCAUCGCCACAGGGAGGCGAUGAUGAGCUCCUCAUGCUCGAACUGUCUUUGUCUUUCUCUUUCUCUCCUGCUUAAACUCCCUCUCUUUCUCUUUCUCGCUCUCUCAAUC